CGCGCAGAGUCUGACGCGGGCUAACCACACUACUAGAUAGCAUGCGAGAGGCGAUACACGCCCUGCGUUGCAUCUUCUGGUGCCUCCGAGGUACGCAGAGCACGCGGAUCGUUCAGACCCUGGUAAGCCGUCCCGUCCGUUGUGUAUUUGCAUAUUGGCUUUUUCGCGCUCUAGCUUUGCAACGGAGCAGUUUCAGAGAAAACCGUUCGAAAAUUCUGACCUUCAUUGCCCGUUAAGUAGGUCGUAUCCUUUGUGAGACGAACAAACACCCGAGAAGUUAGAUUGAGAGUAACAGACAGACACACACACACACAGACAGACCCAAGUACUGU